AUGGGAUGCUAGAGACUGACUGAAAGUUGUAGUGUGUGUGUGUGUGUGUGUGUGUGUGUGUGUGUGUGUGUGUGUGUGUGUGUGUGUGUGUGUGUGUGUGUGUGUGUGUGUGUGUGUGUGUUGUCCUGUAGUGUGGCUCUGAUUGGCUGAUUGAUUUACACACAGCGAGACUCAAAGUUUACAUCCCACUCAUGAGUUCUUUCCAUCGUCACCAUAGCGACCGGCGACCUUGGCGGCAGCGACAGUUUCUUCAUCAUGUUUUGAGACUUUUGAUCUCAGUGUAUAUAUAAAGUGUGUGUGUGGAGAGAGAGCUUGUUACCGUAGCAACCAGGAUGCAGGUGUCCAUAGCGUGUAACGUUGGUGGGGGUGGUGGCGGCGGGGGCGACCAUCCGAUGAAGGAGCGGCGGGCGGCCAUGAACUCCAGCAACGCCCUCGCAAGUCUGACGAAGGUCAGGGCGGAGCCGUCAAACAGGCACACCCUGCUAGGCCACGCCCACAUGAAGGAGGCCAUCGGCCGUCAUAGCAACAUGAAGUACAG